GAUUUGAGCGACGAAUCAGUGCUUCACACUCUUCACUUAAUUCAUCCCAAACUUGAAUAUCAACUUCUUCUUGCUAAGAAAGUUCAACUUAUUGACGCCCUGAAGGUAUUACUUUAGAAUAUUCACUAAAAUGGAGGCCAUGGUUAGACUAGCCAAUUUUUGUUGUAUAAAAUGUAUAAAAUUUACACUUGAACUUUCCAUCUACAAAACCCUUCUACAAUUCGUUCUAUCGAGUGAGACGCCCCAAAUCCUGACAUUUAUUUAGUAUAGUUAUGAACUUGCGGUUAGAGCUUGACAAUUGGCCUCUGUAGCUCAGUUGUUUAGAGCGCUACACCGGAAUCGCAGGGCCGCACAGGUUCGAUUCUUAUCAGAGGGCCUAUAUUUUCAUUUUUCGCCACCGCUCCUGGUUAUAGGUCUAACUAGAAAUAUAUGCCUGCAUGCAACAACCCCUCGCGUAUAUUUUCUUAAACAUUGUUUCAACAUGAAGUAUUCUAAAUUACGCCAACAAUGAACGUGGGCUCGCGCUGCUCGCGUCAUGUUAGCCAUGGCGCGCAGCACGAUCACUGUUUUUAAAAUUUUCAUUUUUUCGGUGCAAAAGAGCGAAAAAUAAAAUGAAAGUUAACACAUUUAACUAACUAUAGAGGUCCAUUCGUUGACGAUAGCCGACAGAUCGAACCAUUAGAUGAAUCUUUUCAGCUUACCAAAGACCUUAUGUACUUCAACCUAGUAUGCACAAAGACUGAUUGACAAAUAUUCAUUCGUCGUCAAAUAUACCUAUAAUCAUAUCACUUUUCCAAUACUGUAUUAUUUAAGAAAAGAUUGAAAUUGAAAUCAGACUACGGUAGAAAUGCUAAUGCAUAUGUUAGGCUGCGGUCACUUUGCAAAAUCGAAAGGGGGGGGUGAAUUUAGGUCGCCAGGUCGGCCACUAUGAUUUGAUAUAAUAGGUGUAAACAGAUGCGUACAGUAUAUUAAAUGAGUACUGAAUUAUUUUCUGAAUUCAACAGGAAUUGGAAAUGCAUGAAAAUGAUAUUGGUUUUCUUGCUCCAGAGUAUAAACAAAUCUUGGGUAUGUUAUAUAUAUUGUAUGCAGCAAAUUCGAUAAAAGAAAGGCAGUGUCUCACUGCUAUAAUAUGUAUAGUACAACUUGUUUCAUUAUUUACCAUGUGCAUGAAGCCACAAAAUUUGGGAAGAACGUUUUCCAGUUUGCGUAAAGAAUACACUAUCUAAAAGAGAAAAAAAUACACAACAGGCAACUGGGAACAGGGCCGCCGAGAGGGGGGGGGGGAAAUUGCCCCGGGCCCCGAGGUGCUGGGGGCCCCUGAAAUAUUUUUGUUGGGCCCCAGUCUUUUUUGUGUGUUACAGUCAAUUUCAGCUGACUUUUCAUCGUAAGAUUCCGAACUUCGUUCCGAACUUCGCAAAUUCGUUGCCAAGUUCAAAAGUUCAUAAUGAAAUUCACAAACAGGUUUGAAAACAAAGCCUCUGAUUGGCUAUUAAAUCAAACCAACCAAUCAAAUGCUCAGUUUACAAACCUGUUUGUGAAUUUCAUUAUGAACUUUUGAACUUGGCAACGAACUUGCGAAGUUCGGAACGAAGUUCGGAAUCGUACGAUGAAAAGUCAGCUGAAAUUGACUGUAAAUAUUUCCGCGCAAAGGACAAGAUAUUUGUUUUCUUGAGCUAAGUACCGAAAUUUGGCAUUAAAAAAUGAGAUAAAGUCACUGGAAAGCAACAGCAACGCACUCGUCGGGAAAAUUUUUUUACCCCUAAAAUGGUAUAGUGACCGAAAAUGUUUUGGCGACGGGGGCAGGGGGAGAUUGUUAUCCGGAAAAAAAUUUUUCCGGAAAAUUUUUUUGGGAUAGGGGGCCCCCAAAAAAAUAUUUGCCUCGGGCCCCCGCCAACCUCUUUGCGGCCCUGACUGGGAAUGCUGCUGAAACACUUUGUAGCAGGUUUUUAUUGUUAAAAUCAUUUGCGUUAAAGAGUUUUAUUCAUGAGAUAUUAUUGUUUUGUGAAACCUCGACUUCGUCUUGGGAAAUAUUGAACCCCCUCGGGAAAACUCAGCCUAGACCUAGGCCUUCUAGUCUUAUUUAUAUUUUUUUAAUAUUCAGCGCUUUUUCACAUGAAAAGACUGGGACUAGAUGAUUUGGGGGCGGGGCUGAGGAAGCAAGCCUAGAAGGCCUAGUGGAUUUCCCAACAACAAGGGCAAAACUGCCCUGAAACUGCCCUGGUUGCGAAAUGCCCAAUUAUUGCGUUCUCGAACAGAAUUAUUUGCAACUUAACGGCGAAUUUAAACCGAUACAGGUAAAAUAAACUCAUUUAUAGUAUAAACUUACUAUUUUUAUUUGUAUACACGUCUAGAAAAUCGGGUUUUUUAUCAUAAAGUUCGAAGCAACACUUUAAUAUGUUGACAAGGUGUAGCGAAAGCACAAAAUGAGUCAAAAUAUAUACCAAAAGGCAAAAGUAGAAUCUUUCAUGAAAUUUUGUCUUAUACACAACUACAUUAAUAUAUAUUUUCUCAAUUUUGGCAAGAAGCAGUCUUGUGUUUGUAAAAUAUACAAAAUAAAACGGAUACAUAUAUUAUUAGCCCGUACAGUACUGUAUAUAAAAACGUACAUUGUUUACAAAUGGUAUAUCCGUAAUAUUUGAACAAUAAUUUCAAAAUCCUCAUUCCCAAUUCGCAAAUAUAGUUAUUCAAAGCAAAACAGUAGAUUGUCUUGCGAAUAAAAGAAUUAUUAUUUUGUGCCGUUUCGCUACACCUUGUCAACAUAUAUAAAUAAUGUUGCUUCAAACUUUAUGAUAAAAAACCCGAUUUUCUAGACGUGUAUACAAAUAAAAAUAGUAAGUUUAUACUAUAAAUGAGUUUAUUUUACCUGUAUCGGUUUAAAUUCGCUGUUAAGUUGCAAAUAAUUCUGUUUGAGAACGCAACAAUUGGGCAUUUCGCAAUCAGGGCAGUUUCAGGGCAGUUUUGGCCUUGUUGUUGGGAAAUCCACUAGGCCUUCUAUUUUUUCGCUUGCGUCAGGCUUGUGUCCUUCCUCCGCCCCGCCCCCAAAUCACCUAGUCCCAGUCUUUUCAUGUCAAAAAGCGCUGAAUAUCAAAAAUAUAUAAAUAAAAAUAGAAGGCCUAGGUCUAGGCUGGGGAAAACUAUUUGUUUUCUUUAGGAAGUGUACAAUAUUUUGCGUUGUGUUUUUUAAAGUUCAAGAAUAAAACAGUUCACUUCCUACUUGUCCUCUUUCUUUUUUGCUAUUUGGUAUGAUAAUAAAUCACGUGUUACUGUAUUAUCUCAGGAAUGUAGUAUGUUUUGCCUUCCCGAUGACAAGCCAUACUGUUUUUCUCCAUCGCAGAAAAUAUCAUUUAAUACAUAAAAAAAUGUACAUGUAUUGGUUUUUGUUUGUUAACAGAUGAAAACGAGAAGCUACAAGAGGAAUACAAGAAACAACCUUGUCAUUUGGAAAGACUUUACGGUUCGGAUACUUUUACCUAGUAUUUUCUUUUGUAUUCCCUUUUCUGUUGCGAUAAAAAUAUGUUCGAAAAACGUCGUUCAGCCAUCUUGAUUUUUUCUGAUAAAUGCUUCCGCAUCGGGGUGCGGCAGCCCUCCCAGUUUGUUGGGCAAACAAAGCCAGUCGGGCAAUAUUCGCUUCACAUUCGGGCAAUAUUGGGUUAUUAUAAAAAUAAAUGGGACAAAUUAUGUCAAUUUUGUGGGAAAUUCUGUAAAUUUUGUGGUAAAUUUUGUGAUGUCUGGAAAAUUUAUUUGAUGUUACGAAAAAUUUUGGUAUGUAUGAAAAAUUUUUGGACCCCUAAAAUGUUACACUGACCGAAUUUUUUUGGCGACGGGGAGGGGGUUGAGGUCGCCAAAAUUAAUUUGUUCCGGAAAAAAAAUUUUCGGCACUGGUCGGGCACAAUCCGAGAAAGUCGGGCAAAUUCCUUUCCGCCCCCCUAAUUUUUUUCCUUCCGGUACGCCCAUGUAUAAAACUACGUAUCGGGGGCUCAAUCUGGAGAUAACUAAGUUAUCUGAUCGCAUAUGGUCCUAUAUUUAAUCAUAAUCUCUUGUCCAAUCAGAGCAUAUACGUAUUGCAAUGUCUAAUAAAUGCUAUUAAUAGUCUUCAAAUUUAUAUUUGUUUACAAUGCAUUUCUCGUUUUAGGGAUGGUGACCGAUUUGUAUAUAGAUAAAUAUAAAUUUAUGGUAUGUACAACAUAACAACGCAUUAACGCUGCGCCUUACUCAAAAGGUUUACACAGCUUAAAGCAUAUAAUAACAAAAUAGGUACGCAUUGCGUACAUGUACAGCAAGAGGCGAGAUACACGAGAUAAUAGCAGACUGAGCAACAGUAACUACUAACUGGACAAAGCAACUCCUGAUUUGUUGAAGGGCCUUUAACUGUGUAUGUGUAUUUGUAAGAAACUUUGCGAUAAUGCUACUGUCUGUAUUGAUUUGAAUAUUUGAUACCGUUGAUUUAUAGACAAAGUGUGCUUUGAAUAUUUAGACACUCAGAAAGCCCGGAAAUGCAACAAAAAUUUGGCAUUCUUAGUUUGCUUCCCUUUUAACUUCCACGGUUGCCAGUCAAUGCUGUUAUAAUUUACCUGAAAAUCAAAAAGAAUCACCUAGAAAUUUACCUGAAAUUACUCAUGAACAAAUAUUUGGGGUAUUACACCCCUCUUCCAUAGGUCGCUAGCGUUCCUGAGCGCAUAUACACCUUAUCAUGUCUAUCCCAAUUAUUUCUUGCACACACGAAAACGAUCUACAGGCCAGGAACAGGUAGUGACCAUUUUCCUCCAUAUAUUAAUCCAGACAAAAUCCCUUUACAAGAAUCACGAAUACUACAGUAUAUACAGUAUAUGAACAAACCUGCGUGACCAUUCGUGUCCAAUAUUAACGAAAGGACUUACAUAUACUGUAUGACCUGACGUGGCGACUUGCUCACGCCGUUGCAUGUCAAUUGCUGACGUCAUUAGAAAUACCAAUUUCUAAAAAGCAGUGCGCUAUUUUGUCCGGUGACUUAUCUUGAAAUUUUGCACACUGUAUUCUACUGCCACAGAGUUUUUUAUAUUUUUCUUAUUGUUAGUCUAAAAUAGCGCACGAAAAAAAUAUUAGGGUCACCGUGCUUCUUUUCCAACUACACAAAUUAUAUACACCUAACGUUUUUGAAACCUGUAUCGAGCCACCUUACUGGAGUUCGAUUUAUGGAGUAGGCCUUUAUAAGUAGGGCUUCAUAUGGCUGAAAUAAUAAUUUUAUGGGCGUAACACUCGUACCAAGCGAUUUAUGUGCAAUUUAUCGAACGGUCUCUUAUUCUAAAACAUUUUUAUAGGGUAUGAACGUAAAAAGCAAAGUUCCGAACCUUCUGGAAGUUUUGGACAACUAUGAUCUAGCAAGCUUGAUUGAAUUUUUUGAAACCUGAACGACGAUUUCCUUUUGGCUAUAUCAUUGUGAGUGUAUAUGUAUAUGUACAGUAUGGUAUUUAUGUAUUGUAAAUAGUAAAUUCAACGUCCAAUUCCCUUGUGUGGCAAUAUUUUGUUUUCCUUACUGUCGAUGCAAUGGAAAUGUUGAUAAAAUAUUCCAUGAAUUCAUUUCCUCAAGUUGAUCAAUUCGUACGAAUUCAAAUUUCUU